AAAGUGGUUUUGUUCGUGAAUUAAAUUAGAUGAUAAUGAUUCCAUUUACGUUUGCGAUAAUUUUUUUUAUUUCAUUAAUAUGUUUUUUGAUAUUUGCAUAUAUCAGACAGAGAGCACUAAAAGACUUUCCUGGUCCAGAACCUAAUUUAUUUUUUGGAAAUGUUUAUAUGAUAAUGUUUAAGCCGUUAUACGAUUACAUGGAUAUGUUGAUGGAAUUACAUGACAUGUACGGGCCGGUUCUAAGAGUUCACGAUGGACCUCUUAGUACCGCUCUUUUCAUUAAAGACGUUAAAUUGAUCGAACACAUAUUAAGUUCAACAAAGCUAAUAAACAAAUCGAGGCAAUAUCAGUGGCUACAUAAAUGGUUAUCAACAGGAUUAUUAACAAGUACAGGUACAAAAUGGAAACAACGCAGAAAAAUUCUAACUCCAGCUUUCCAUUUUUCAAUACUAGAAAACUUUGUACAUGUUUUCGAAACCAAUGGAAAUGUUUUUAUUGAUCUUUUAAAAAAGGAAGUAGACAAACCAAGCGUAGAUAUUACCUCUUUUGUUGCAUUGUGCACUUUAGAUAUUAUUUGUGAGGCUGCAAUGGGCAUUAAGCUAAAUUCUCAAGUUACAAAAACCUCUAAAUAUGUAAGAAGCGUUAAAGAAGUAUGCAAAAUUUUUGGAAUGAGGCAAUAUAGUAUCAUUCAUCCUUCUUUAUAUCCACUAACAUUAAAUUAUUAUGUCGAAAAAAAGGCAAUUAAGAUACUUCAUGCUCACACAGAUAAUAUUAUAGAACAAAGAAUUACGGAAAGAAAUAAAUGUGUUAAAGACAAAGAUAGUGUCGAUGAGUUUAACCAGAAAAAAAGGUUAGCGUUUUUGGAUUUAUUAUUAGAAAGUACAAUAGAUGGAAAGGCUCUGACUCGAUUGGAUAUAAGGGAAGAAGUAGACACUUUUAUGUUUGAGGGUCAUGACACGACAUCAUCUGCUAUUAGUUUUGCUCUUCAUUCAUUGGCAAAUAAUCCAGAAGUUCAGCAACAGGCGUAUGAGGAACAGAAAUACCUUUUUCCUGAUUUAAAAACAGCUAAACCAACUGUUGCACAUUUAAAUGAUAUGAAAUAUUUAGAGUUGGUAAUCAAGGAAACUCUAAGAUUGUACCCUUCUGUGCCGUAUAUAGGACGAGAAUUAACUGAAGAUGUAGAGUACGAUGGAAAAGUAUUACCAAAGGGACUUACUGUAAUAUUAUUUACGUUCGCAGUUCAUCGGGAUCCAGAAUACUUUCCAGAUCCAUUAAAAUUUGAUCCUGGGAGAUUCGAGGAUACACGUGGAACUAACCCUUAUAUCUAUACUCCAUUUAGUGCAGGACCUAGAAAUUGCAUUGAAUACAUGGAUAUAAUGAUGGAAUUACAUGACAUGUACGGUCCGAUAAUAAGAAUUCACGAUGGACCUCUAAGUACCGCUCUUUUCAUUAAAGACGUUAAAUUGAUCGAACACAUAUUAAGUUCAACAAAGCUAAUAAACAAAGCAAAGCAAUAUAAGUUGCUGCAUAAAUGGUUAUCAACGGGAUUAUUAACAAGUACAGGUACAAAAUGGAAACAACGCAGAAAGAUUUUAACUCCAGCUUUCCAUUUUUCAAUACUUGAAAAUUUUGUACAUGUUUUCGAAACCAAUGGAAAUGUUUUUAUUGAUCUUUUAAAAAAGGAAGUAGACAAACCAAGCGUAGAUAUUACCCCGUUUGUUGCUUUAUGCACUUUAGAUAUUAUUUGUGAGGCUGCAAUGGGCAUCAAGCUGAAUUCUCAAGUUACAAAAACCUCUGAGUAUGUAAGAAGCGUUAAAGAAGUAUGCAAAAUUUUCGGAAUAAGGCAAUAUAGUAUCAUUCAUCCAUUUUUAUAUCCACUAACGUUAAACUAUUUUGUUGAAAAAAGAGCAAUAAAGAUAAUUCAUGCUCACACAGAUAGUAUUAUAGAACAAAGAAUUAGAGAACGUACUAAAAAUGGUGUAUAUGAACUUAGUCAUAAAAAUGACGUCGAUGAGUUUAACCAGAAAAAAAAGUUAGCAUUUUUGGAUUUAUUAUUAGAAAGCACAAUAGAUGAAAAGCCUCUGACUCGAUUGGAUAUAAGAGAAGAAGUAGACACUUUUAUGUUUGAGGGUCAUGAUACGACAUCAUCUGCUAUUAGUUUUGCUUUGUAUUCACUGGCAAAUAAUCCAGAAAUUCAGCAAAAGGCGUACGAGGAGCAAAAAUCCCUUUUAGCUGAUUUAAAAACAGCAAAACCAACUGUAGCACAUUUAAACGAUAUGAGAUAUUUAGAGCUAGUAAUCAAGGAAACUCUAAGAUUGUACCCUUCUGUACCGUACAUAGGACGAGAAUUAUCUGAAGAUGUAGAGUACGAUGGAAAAGUAUUACCAAAGGGACUUAAUGUUGUAUUAUUUACCUUCGCAGUACAUCGGGAUCCAGAAUACUUUCCAGAUCCGUUAAAAUUUGAUCCUCAGAGAUUUGAAGAUACACGUGGAACGAACCCUUAUAUCUAUACUCCGUUCAGUGCAGGGCCCAGAAAUUGCAUAGGUCAAAAGUUUGCUAUACUAGAAAUGAAGAGUACGAUAUCAAAAGUGAUAAGAAACUUUGAGCUAUAUCCUUCAACGAGUCAAAACAAAUUGCAGUUAUCUCCAGAAACAAUCCUUGUGUCAAAGAAUGGAGUAUGUAUAUCUUUAAAAAAUAGGCCGUAGUCGUAUUAACUAGAAUGUAAACUUUUAAUGGUUUGAUGAAUAAAUAAAUUUAAAUUAAUUU